UUCGUGUCAGUUAAAAUAGAUCUAGAAAGUCUGCAGCCUAUCCUCGUGACAGGAAAGAGAAUGGAGAAGGAACAGAGAAAUACUUCCUGUGACUUAAGUAUCACUGACCUACACACACACACACACACACACACACACACACACACACACACACACUUUUUUGUAACAUAGAAACUGGACAAGACAGAAGGUCGUGUCAGCUCACAUUUGUACUGAAUACAAAAGAGAGACGGAGCAAAGAACUGCACAGGGACGUUGAUGGGACUUCACUGACACACAUCAGCAUAAUUAACAGAUCAUGGAGAGAAAUGCAACUUUCCCCCUGUUCUCUGGAAAUCACAGCCUCACCAACAGCACUUGUUCCCGUGACAACAUUUUGAAGACGGUGGUUUUCCCUGUUCUCUACUCCUUUCUCUUCCUGAUGGGGCUUUUGCUCAACGGCGUGGCUGUGUGGGUGUUUUUCCGAAUCCCUUCGAAGUCUCACUUCAUUAUAUACCUGAAGAAUAUCGUGGUUGCAGAUGUCAUCAUGACCUUCACGUUUCCUUUUAAGGUGUUAUCAGAUUCCAACAUGGCUUCCACUGGGCUGCGUAUAUUUGUGUGCCGAGUCUCCUCAGUGCUCUUCUACCUCACCAUGUAUAUCAGCAUCCUCUUCUUCGGCCUCAUCAGCAUCGAUCGCUGCAGAAAGACCCUCAAGCCCUUUAGGGGUACUAAUGCAGCCCGGUUGGCCCGUCGCAAACUUCUUUCGGGAGCCAUCUGGACCCUUCUGCUGGCUCUCUGUCUGCCCAAUGUGAUCCUGACAAGUAAAACUCCAACGUCUCCAUAUUUCAAGUGCGGUGACCUGAAGACAGAGGCUGGGCUGUACUGGCAUGGGGUAGUCAAUCAUGUCUGUCAAGUUAUUUUCUGGAGCAACCUGGUGACUGUGAUAGUAUGCUACACCCUAAUCACCAAAGAGCUGUACAGAUCCUACUCCCGCAGCACCGGAGGGACUAUAUGUCGAGCACCGAGUGGGGCAUCAACUCGGAAACCCCAUCAGGCCAAAAGAAAAAUGAGCGCUAACGUGUUCCUGGUUCUGGCAGUGUUCUUCGUGUGCUUUGUGCCGUUUCACUUUGCCCGUGUGCCGUACACCAUGAGCCAGACCCAAGGGGUUCUCUUUGACUGUAAUCUCAAACUCUUCUUCUUUCAGCUGAAGGAAAGUACGCUCUUUCUCUCAUCAUUAAACGCUCUUCUGGAUCCGCUCAUCUACUUCUUCCUCUGUAAGUCCUUCAGGACCACCCUGUUCAAAACCCUGCAGCUGCCUCCUGGUACCUGUAGCAGGCUAACAGGGAGAGGGUCAGACACGGAUACAAGCAGCACUUAACUGAGAGACUCUGGACAAGACCACUGGACCACUGGACAAGACUUUUACAAUAUAGUAUCUGCACGUUCUGUGAUGAUGUCCUGUUUUUAGAUCAAAUCCUAAUUCAGUUUUGUUUCUAAGCAUUCAUAAUCAACAUUUUUUACUUAUAAUAUCCUCCCUUUAAAAGCAGUUUAAACAUUGUAAAUUAAAGUAAUUAACUUCUAUUUUAUUCUCUGUGGAAAACAGACAGUAAUAUUGCCACUAAGACAAAUUAUAAACAUGGAUACAAAGUGUAGCUACGUCUAACCCGAAGAACCGACACUGCCAUGUUUUUCUUUCAGUUCUCUAUUCCACUUAAUAACAACAUGUAGUUCCUACUCCUAAUCCUUUUCAUACCCACUAUUGAAUGAAGACAUUUUAUUUACAAACUGAAAAUAAGUCUAUAUCCUGUCAAACUGUUGUUGCUGUUAUUGUUUCAUGUUCAUAAAGGUAUUGUUGUUUGGUUGUAUUGAC